GCACAAGAAACCAAGGACUGUUAUUUUUGCUGCAUAGGGAAGAGAGCUUGGAAUUCUAAAGUUGGGAAGAGAGAAGAGAUCUUAGAAUGGCAUAAAGCCAAGUGUUUGUUUCUUUUGGAGGCUGCUCAUUCCCCAUUUCUUUCUCCUUCCCCUAUCGAUUCUUUAGAUGACUUGCUCCGCACUGUAGCAAAUCUCAUACUUCCAAAUUUUUAAAAUAACAAAACCCUCCUUUCCUUAGUAAGAAAGGAAAGAUAAGUUACCAAUAUACCCUUCAACGAAAAGCCUUCAUUCUACACAUACCAAUGCCUAAACCUAUCAGUCCCAAAUCUAUCAAAGUCUUUAGACCUUGAAAAGUACCAUUUGGGUAGUACCAUAGCAAAACAAGACCAUGGUCUAAACUCUAAAAUAGAGAUACAAUGACUCGCUUUGUCCAUGUAUUAUAUAUAUAUUUAUAUAUUCACCAAAAAAAAAGUACAUAUUUAUAUGGUCUGGUGCUGAUAUGGCAAAUAUGGCUAACACCCAAGACAGUGCUGGUUUUGGCCUUUUUUCUGAGUAGACAAAAGCAGGGGAAGAAUGAUAGAGAUGUAGGGCAGCAAUGAAAAAAGAUACUUGGCUUCUCAAGGGUAUUGUUCCAACCACUUUAUUCAUCCUUGUCAGAUUCUUCAACAACAGCCUUAAUUUUUGCUUACAUUGCAGUCUUAUGAUUUGGGUGAAUCUAAAAUUCCUCUAGGUGUUUUGGGGCCCUCUUUGCUUUAUCUUUUAAAGCCCCUCCUCCAUAUCCAACAACAGAUAUAUAGCAAGGCUUAUUUAUAUCUACAGGGGUGCAUGUGACUAGAGGCAGAGAGGCUUUGCAAUCUCUAUUAUACUCUCUUAACAACUAGAAGAGACUUAGAUUCUUCUUCUUGGUUUGGUUGUCAAGAAUCAUGGUUUUAACUUCUCAUAGAGUUCUUAUCCUUCUCAUCUGUAUUGGUUUCCUAGUAGUUCAACCAGAUAAAGUUUCUGGCUUGCGAAGUAUAGGAAUUGCCAUUAGAGAGACAAAAAAAGAUCAUGAUUUACUACUAUCGAAGAAUCAGCGUAUUCUUAAGGCCGUCAACAUGGAGGAAAUUAACACAACGAAGAAUUCGAAAACUUCUGACGAGAAGUUCGAUCCAAAUCAAUCAAGCAAAAGAAAAGUUCGAAGAGGUGCUGAUCCUAUUCACAACAGGUCUUAGUACAUUCAAGCUUGUUUCUUUGACUAGGAGAAAAGCAGGUUGACAAUCUCAGUAACAACAGCAAGUUUGAAAAACUAUGCAAAUUAAAGGGGAAAACUAGAAGAAAGAUGUGUAUAGUCAAGUAAAAAGAGAAUUCCUUGAAGGUAUCCAAGCAUUGAGCCAACAUCAUCACUCUAUUGCAAGCCAAGAUUCUACAAAAUCAAUGAGCCAUGAGAAGGAACAGAACAGAGAUGAUGGUACAGCCUCAAGAGGAGAGAGAAUAGUUUUUUCCUUAUAAAUUUCUGAAAAUAUAUAUAUAUAUAUAUAUUUCGUAUCUGUUUGCCUUUUAGUGUUAAAGUUUUCUCGAAAAUUAUAAAUUCUUUUGUAACCCUCCAGCCCUUGAGGUCAUUCAAAUUGCAGUGAGCUUAUUCUAUA